UUCGAUUUAUCCUAAAUUUUUCGGGAAAUAAAACUACACAAUUAUCUCCUCCUCCGUCUUGGUACUCAUAUUUAUAGCGGGAAAGCACCCUUUACAGAACUAGAAACCACUGUUCUGCAGACAUGCUGGUUUAGUUGCAAGAGGAACAAAGCGGAAAUGGGAUCCUGUUGUAAUGGUGCUUUCUCUGCAAGUUCUCAUCUUUCAGUGACUGGCUUCUCUCAGGGGUUCAAGAGCCCCAAGCUUCCUCGUCUGUCUAAGCGGCAAGACGGAUGGUUUGCUCAGCCUCCAGGAGCUUCAAGAAUUUGUGCUUACUACGGCUUGAGGACACCGCCUUAUAAACUUGAUGCUUUAGAGCCACACAUGAGUCAGAGGACACUGGAGAUGCAUUGGGGAGGACACCAUCGAAAUUAUGUAGAAGGAUUGAACAAACAGUUGGAGAAGAGCGAAAUAUUGUAUGGCUGCACUUUGGAUGAACUUGUCAAAGUGACGUAUAAUAAUGGAAACCCCUCACCCGAAUUCAACAAUGCUGCCCAGGUUUGGAAUCAUGACUUCUUUUGGGAAAGCAUGCAACCUGGAGGAGGGAGCAUGCCCGAAUUAGGUGUCCUUCAGCAGAUCGAAAAGGACUUUGGUUCAUAUACAAAUUUCAGGGAGAAGUUUGUAGAAGCAGCGCUCACACUGUUUGGCUCUGGCUGGGUUUGGCUUGUUUUGAAGAGAGAAGAGAGACGACUUGCAGUAAUCAAAACGUCAAAUGCCAUUUGCCCACUAGUAUGGGAUGACAUACCAAUCAUCAGUUUAGAUAUGUGGGAGCAUGCUUAUUAUCUGGAUUACAAGAACGAUAAAGGGAAGUAUGUGAAUGUGUUUAUGAACCACCUUGUAUCUUGGAAUGUGGCAAUGGCACGCAUGGCCCGUGCCGAGGCCUUUGUGAAUUUAGGCGAACCUAAAAUUCCUAUUGCUUGAGAUGCUCUUAGACCAAGAAUCUGCAGCCGAAUGGCGCCAUUGUGCCUUCCAAGUUACUUCAGGUUAGAGUUGGGAGGAGUUCCAUGGUGGCAGAGCUAAUGAUCUUUGUGAAACUGCUUCUAUAGCACCAAUGACUGGUGGCCCAGAAGAAAUCUUUUAGAGUGUUCCAUCCAUGGUGGCAGAGCUAGUUUGGUCAUGCUCUCUGCUACAAUGUUGUAAUGUUUUUGUAUGAUACUUGUGUAACACCAUUGAGUGGUUGCCCUGAUGAUAUCUCCCAAUGUAAGAGAUGCAGAGUUGAGGCACUCCAUAGUCCAUGCUGUUUUUUUGGCAGAGAAUGUACACUAGUAGUAGCUAUUUUUGCAAUGUAUUAAUUUGCCUGAUUAA